AUGAGUCGACAUAUAACUGAUGUUAUCGAUGAAGAAACAGACAGAGAUGCCCAAAUUAUCGCAUCUCCCACAAAAGACACCACAAACAUUGAAAUGGAAAAAGAUCUUGAAGUCCCCGAAGGAAUCGUAUUCGAAUCCCACGAGUCAGCAUAUUCCUUCUACCAAGAAUACGCAAAAUCCAUGGGAUUCACCACAUCAAUAAAAAACUCCCGAAGGUCAAAAAAGUCAAAAGAAUUCAUCGAUGCUAAAUUCGCAUGUUCAAGAUACGGAGUCACACCAGAAUCCGAUUCGGGUACAAGUAGGCGUCCAAGUGUGAAAAAAACAGACUGCAAAGCAAGCAUGCAUGUGAAAAGAAGAAAAGACUCAAAAUGGUACAUUCAUGAAUUCAUAAAAGAACAUAACCAUGAACUCUUACCUGCUUUAGCUUACCAUUUUCGCAUCCACAAAAACGUAAAAUUAGCCGAAAAAAACAACAUCGAUAUUCUACACGCGGUUUCUGAACGAACAAAAAAGAUGUACGUUCAAAUGUCGCGACAAUCGGGCGCGUAUCGUAAUGUUGACUUUUCAAGAAACGAGUUAAAUUACCAAUUUGACCGUGGUAGGUAUCUAGCACUCGAAGAAGUUGUGAUCACCGAUCAAGGAAAGGCGGUGGAGGCGGCCGCCAUGGAAGUUUUUCCGGCGAGCCGCCAUUUGUUCUCUCUUUGGAGUAUCUUAGAGAAGGUUCCGGAAACUUUCGCGCAUAUUAUCAGACGACAUGAUAAAUUCAUGACCAAAUUCUUCAAGUGUAUUUAUAAGUCGUUAACAGACGAACAGUUCGAUAUGAGAUGGUGGAAACUCGUGGGGAGAUUCGAGCUUCAGGAUAACGAAUGGUUUCAUUCGUUAUACGAAGAUCGAAAAAAGUGGGUCCCGUCGUUUAUGCGGGACGUAUUUUUAGCGGGAAUGUCUACGCCUCAACGCGGCGAAAGUGUGAAUUCUUUUUUCGAUAAAUAUAUUCACAAAAAAGUUACAUUAAAAGAAUUUGUGAAACAAUAUGCGACCAUUUUACAAAACCGAUAUGACGAAGAGGCGUUAGCGGAUUUUGACACGUGGCAUAAACAACCCGCGUUGAAAUCACCUUCGCCAUGGGAAAAACAAAUGUCUAGUAUUUACACGCAUACAAUUUUUAAAAAAUUUCAAGUUGAGGUUUUGGGGGUUGUUGGGUGUCAUCCUAAAAAAGAACGUGAAGACGGAUGCGUUACAAUAUAUACGGUUGAUGAUUGUGAAAAAAACGAAAGUUUUAAUGUUACAUGGGACGAAUCAAAAUCCGAGGUUUGGUGUUCUUGUUUGUUGUUUGAGUACAAAGAUGGACGAAAGAUGCAAAGAAUGAUGAUAAAAAUACGAAUGGGGGUGAUGGAAAAAACACAAAAUCGGGUGCAAUUAUAUAAUGAUUUAUGUAAACACGCGAUUCAAUUGGGUGAAGAGGGAUCUUUAUGUGAAGAGAGUUAUGAUAUUGCAUUUCGUGCACUUGUGGAUGCUUUAAGAGCAUGUGUGGAUGUGAACAAUAAAGAAUCUAGUAAUGGCACUGUUUUGAUACGAGAUGUUGAGGAUGAAAAUUUGGGAGGUGUUUCUGGAAACAAAAGUAAAAGAAAGAGUGUAAACAAGAAGCGAAAGAUACAAUCAGAACCUGAACCUGUAAUGCUCGAGGCACGAGAUAGCUUGCAGCAAAUGGAAAGUAUGAGCUCGGAUGGAAUAACUCUUCAUGGGUAUUAUGGGGCCCAACAGAAUGUACAGGGACUGCUGCAGUUGAACUUGAUGGAACCACCUCAUGAUGGUUAUUAUGUUAAUCAACAAAGCAUGCAGGGACUGGGUCAAUUAAAUUCAUUGGCACCAACUCAUGAUGGAUUCUUUGAGGCUCAACAAAGCAUACAUGGUCUGGGGCAUUUGGAUUUUAGACCACCAAGUUUCGGUUACAGUAUGCAGGAUGAACCUAGUCUGCGAACCAAUCAGAUGCACAACAACCCCUCUAGACAUUCAUGA